AAACACUCCCAUAUGAGUUGUCAACCAAGAGGUGAAGACAUGGACGACGCAUGCUCUGAAUAUGACAAUGUGGGCUCUGAUGUGGAGCAGGACUAUGAUGAGGUACUACAUUUAAACAGGGAGGCCAUUGUGGAUACGAGGUACUACAAGCAGUACUGCCUCGAGGAUGGGGGUUACGUUAAGACCACGGCUGGUAAAAAUGGAAACGAGCGGUCGACAGCCACGCCUCGCCAAAGCAUGGAGAGACGGAAUGGGUCACAAUCAGAAAAUAAGCCCCAUAUGGCCAGCCGUUCCUUUAGGUCGCGUUCUACCCACAUACAGACUGCAGAGGUUGAAGAGGUAGGAAAAGGUCUAGAAAACAGGUUUUUCUUUUGUGACGGAGAUGAAAUAGAAGAGGUGCUGGAUGGAGCAAGAUUUAUAGAAGAUUUAGAAGAGGUAGAAGAUACUGAUCAAACACAGGCUGGCCUUUAUCACGACAAUGAAUGGAUUAGUAAGGGGUGUGAUGAAAGGGAGAAAGAAGAUGACAGUAGAAUGACAAGGAACCAUAACAUGCCGGGAACAAAUAGGAAUUGCGACUCAUCUCAUGUGAGCUCUAAGGCAGAAAGACAGGGAAAAGGACAAGGGAAGACAGCUGCAGCACAGGACAUUGAACACAUUACUUCUGGGGUUAAAGGUUGCACAACCAACAAAAAUGAUCAUCGUGUAAAGACAUCCGCCAAGGAGAGCAGAAAAGCUCCUGUGCGAAACAAAGCCAAAUACAGCAAGCAACACUCAUCCCCUCAUCAAGGCCAAGCACCAAUGAACAGCCAGAAGGCUCAAUCUCGUAGAGAGGUCACUUCUGUUCCCAGACCCUACUGUAAUAACCAGGAUGGGGAACCGAGGGUCAUCAAGCCAUCGCCACCUCUCCGUCAAACACCUGAGCAAGAGGAAAUGCCGCCCACGGAGAGCCACACUCAACAACAAGAACCAACCCCAGUUGAGAUGCAGCAGCCGACGAAGAGUCCAGAGCACCUCACAGAUGCUGAAAGCAGUUCCCCAAAGAAAACACAAGAAGCUGCUUCCUUCCCCAGUUUUGAAGACGUCCCAGGUCCUUGUGAGCCAGAAGAUCUUAUUGACGGAAUUAUCUUUGCCGCUAACUACCUUGGCUGCACUCAAGUGCUCUCUGACAAGAAUCCAACCAAGACUGUCCGCAUGUCACAAGCUCAUGAAGCCGUCAGUCGUAUCAAGAGCCAAGAUGAAGACUCCCAAAUGAUGACUGAAGUCGACCUGUUUAUCUCCACUAAAACCGUCAAGGUGCUCAAUGCUGACACACAGGAUACAAUGAUGGAUAGCGCCUUACGUACCAUCUCUUAUAUUGCUGACAUUGGCAGCAUAGUGGUUCUGAUGGCACGCAGGCGUUUGUCUCAGGGGUCGUCUGAGGAUUUCUCCGAAACUGUAGAGUCCAGCGGCGAAGGGAAUAGUCAGUACGGCAUGUUCUGCUAUGUCUUUGAGUCCGAAGAUGCCCAGCUCAUCGCACAGUCCAUCGGGCAGGCCUUUAGCGUGGCCUACAGAGAGUUCCUGCGAGCCAAUGGCAUCAACCCGACAGACUUGAGUCAGAAACAAUACAGUGACAUCAUCAACUCACAGGAAAUGUACCACGACGACCUCAUCCAUUUCUCAAACUCGGACAACUGUAAAGAGUUGUGCGUGGAGAAGCAAAAAGGAGAGAACCUGGGUGUUGUGAUUGUUGAGUCCGGCUGGGGCUCCAUUCUCCCCACGGUCAUCCUCGCCGGAAUGCUGAACAGCGGCCCGGCGGCACGUUCUGGGAAACUCAGUGUUGGAGAUCAGAUCAUGUCCAUCAAUGACACCAGCCUGGUGGGGCUUCCCCUUGCUACUUGUCAGGGCAUCAUCAAGGGCCUGAAGAAUCAGGUGAAAGUAAAAAUGAGUAUUGUGAGCUGCCCCCCUGUCACCACUGUCCUAAUCAAGCGGCCUGAUCUUAAGUUCCAGCUUGGUUUCAGUGUUCAAAAUGGCAUAAUCUGCAGCCUGAUGCGAGGCGGGAUCGCCGAGAGAGGCGGUGUUCGCGUCGGCCAUCGAAUCAUAGAGAUAAAUGGUCAAAGCGUGGUUGCGAUGCCGCACGAAAAAAUUGUGCAGACCCUGUCCGUGUCAGUGGGUGAGAUCAACAUGAAGACGAUGCCCGCCGUGAUGUUCCGACUCCUCACAGGGCAGGAGACGCCCUCCUACAUAUAA